AUUGCCGACCCUCGAGGAGAACUAGAGCUUCCAAUUCCACGAGGGUCGAGGACCGACGACCGACGAUCGAGGACCCUCGAUCAUCGAGCCGCGCCCGCCCCAGAGAGGAACGCAAACCUGCCGGGCCCCGGCGGACUUCUCUCGGGCCCCCCGCCUCAGAGGCGAGGAGAUGGCGGACGCGCCGCCGCUCCGCUCCGCGCGCCACUGCGGCCCUGCUCUGGGGAGGUGCCCACGCGGCGCAGCGGGAAGGGCCGUGCGGCGAGGAGCGAGGAGGAGGAGGAGCGAGGGCGGCGGGGAAGGGGAGGGAGAGGGGGCGAGGGGGACGAGCGCCCCGCCUGUCGGGAGGUCCCCGCAGGCGGGGCGGCAGCCCAGGCGGCAGGCGGCCCGCGCACGGUGCUGCUGCGGACGCCUGCGCGCUGCCCCGGGUGGCGGGGCAGGGUAUCUGGAGCACGCCCUGCGGCCGCCCAGCAAGGGGCAGGAACGGGCGUGCCUGAACAAAACUGUGGCCAAGGCCGUGGGGCCGCGCACUGUCGGAGUGGACCGUGCGGGCCUGGUCUAGGGGCACCUAAUCGGUGCGGACACUGUUCACAAGUAGCGGCCGAGGCCGUAGAAAGCCGCACGCAGCCAGGGUGGACAGCACGCGGCCAAGAGCACCUAACUAGUACGAAUCUGGUCAAAAGGAACAGUGAAAGGGAGUGUGCCACGCGCCGCCCGGCUGGUUGGCGCGUGACGUCAAGAGCCGCGGGGCGGCUCAGAAGACGAUGAUGAGGAGGCUGCACUGGUGCGGCUGGGCGCCCCGCACUGUUCUGGGAGCACUGCGGGCUGCGGGUCAGCGUGCGUCGAUGCGUGUCUGCUUAGGCGCAUGGGCCAGGGGGUCUGUGCUGGACCAGGGCGACGCCAGCUCGGACUCCGCCGUACUGGACGGAAAAGAAAACACUCGACCGGAGCCACGGGCCCCUCCUC